GGCCCGAAAAAACACCCUAACGCCAAUUGGGGGAUUCUUGUACGAACCAUUUUUCAGUGGAAUUCGCAGACUUACGUGCGGAUUUUGUGGGGCCAGUGCGGAAAUUAAAGGUGACACACGGCAACUGGAGCACUGGGAAGCCAGCAAGAACAAAAGGCCGGCGCAUUACUCAUCCGUUUGGCGACACCAUCGAUUUGCAGCUCUCACAAGGGCAAACAAAAGUGCAGCGCCCCCUCCCCCUGCCACACACACCACACACACACAUCGAAGCAUAAAGAAAACCCACACUCACACAGACGUCACGAUGACUGCGCCGCGACGCCUGCGAAAAGAAUUAAGCGAUUUGCAGGACAACACACUGAAGGCCUUCCGGGACAUCAAGGCGGACGAUGACAACCUGCUGCGCUGGACGGGAUUGAUUGUGCCCGAUAAUCCGCCGUACAACAAGGGCGCCUUCCGCAUCGAGAUCAACUUCCCGGCGGAGUAUCCCUUCAAGCCGCCCAAGAUUAACUUCAAGACGCGGAUCUAUCAUCCGAAUAUCGACGAGAAGGGCCAGGUGUGCCUGCCCAUCAUCAGCACGGAGAACUGGAAGCCGGCCACGCGCACCGACCAGGUUGUCCAGGCUUUGGUGGACCUGAUCAACGAGCCGGAACCCGAUCAUCCGCUGCGCGCGGAGCUGGCCGAGGAGUUCCAGAAGGAUCGCAAGAAGUUCGUGAAGAACGCCGAGGAUUACACCAAGAAGCACAGCGAAAAGCGUCCGGCGGACUAGCGGAGCGGAGAAUCCAUGUUAUCCCCCCCAUUAGUCUUGUGAUUUUUCAGUUAGUUAUUUAAUUUCCAUUUUCGAACCCUCAAAAUCUAUCCUUUAAAACAAAGAGAAACAUGUAAGCGGUUUUCCCCCCGGCAGAGUACCUAGUUUUGUAAAAGUAGCACUGUAAUUUUAUGCAAGUGAGAAAUACAUGUUCGUUAUGUUAAAACACA